CUGGCGUGACGAUCGCGACCGUGCCCAGCCUCAUUCCUCCGAGACCGACCAUCAUCUCUCUUUGACCUUCAUGUUCGCUUGACAUGACAAGUACUCGUUCUUCGUCUCGUAUAAAAGCUCGACAAGGGAAAACGUUUGAGGGAACCGAUGCGUCCUUGACGACAGCGACGGCGACGGUGGCUCGCGGAGCGCAGCGGGCGGAUAGCGCUGACUCAUCCAGCUCUGCCGCGACUCCCUCCAAAUCUACCAAGGCAUCCGCUUUCGCUGACAAGCGGCGCAAGACCAGCCACACUUCUUCGCAUACGGAGACGAAGAAACCAACGAAAAGGGCUUCGAAAAAGAAACCCCUCACGCUCGAAGCAGUCACGGACCUGCCGCUCGACAUUCUAUACGAGAUAUUUAAACACCUUCGCCCGGCGGACCUUCUGCAUCUCUGUCAUGCGAACAAGGCUCUCCGCUACACGCUCCUCCGCCCGGGGUCCAAGGGCACCUGGGAGUUCUCGUUCAAGGUGGCAUCUAACCCCAGGAUUCCGCCCUGCCUUGAUGGAGGCCUGAGCUUUCCGCAAUACGCUGACUUGAUCUAUGGCAAGAGCUGCUGGGUCUGCGGCAGUACGAAGGAUGUUCGCACCUUGUUCAUGUUUCUGGACAAGCGAUGCGAAAAAUGCGUAUUCGACAGGUAUCGUACGAUAGCGGACGGUGGAAGGUCUGCGCCGUUUGAUCUUGAAACGGGCUAUCCUGGCAAGAAGUUGUAUUGGAAUUCGGACGUAUUCGACUUCCACAAGUCGACUUACCUUGUUGACCAAGACGAGUACGCGAAGGCCGAGGCUGACGUGACCGCCCUCGGCCAAGGACCCGUCGAUGAGCUGAAGAAAUACACGGACGACCUGAAGGCAAAGGCUAAGCACGCCGCAGAUUUCUCUGCGGACCUCUGCCGUGUCCUGCGGAUCGAGAGCUAUGUGGUAGAGGCCGCCAAGAAGAAGCAGAUUGAGGACCUUCGUACCCAGCGUCGAGAGUUGUAACAUCGUCACGAAGCUGCAAGAGAAAGGUUACGACGAGGAGCUGCAGAAACUUCGGCGAUGGCGCCCAAACUACCUGAACCGCUACACUCACCGGUCGACGACCAUGACGGAGCGCAGCUGGAAGACCAUGGAGGAGGGCGUUGAGGAGUACGUCAGCGAGCUGAUCAAAUUCCGCAAGAAGGAGGUUGCCGGGAAC